AUGGUAAGUCCCGAUGAUGCUAAAAAAUUUAGGGAUUUAUUACAAGAUCAUGUGUAUACAUUUCUGGAUGGUCUUGAUGAUCGUUUGGAUCAUGAUUGUUUGCAACAAUGGCAACAAAGGGAGCAUAACUUCAACAAAUUGUUACAAAAAGAAGUGUAUGGAAUGGUGGUAAAUAUGACAAAAGGAAAUCAAAUGCUGAAGGUGGAUGUGCACAUUAUGGGAACAAAAGGAAAACAAAGGAGGCGUGUUUCAAAUUACAUGGCUAUAUCUAGACUGGUGGCAUGA